AUGGACGCUAAUAUUAUCAUCAAUUGUAUUGCUGGCACCCUUGAGCCAUCACCAGAAGUCCGUACUGCUGCCGAACAACAACUUCGUGAAUUAUCGGCAACACCAGGGUUCCUUGGAUCAUGUUUAGAUAUUCUUGUAAAUUCCAACACUCCUGAAGGAUUGAAGAAAGCCACAGCUGUUUACUUUAAGAAUCGAAUCGUGAGGUUUUGGAGAGAGAGUUCACGUCAAGGAACCAUUGAUCAUGAUGAAAAACCAAUUGUGUUGGACAGAAUCAUCCCGGUUGUGAUCCAACUGGAUUACCAUAUUAAGCAACAGUUAAUCCCUGUGUUGAGAGUCUUGAUCACUUAUGAGUAUGAGAAAUGGAAUCAAUUGUUGGAAAUCGUGGCUCAAUUGUUACAAGGAGGAACCAAAGAGGAGAUUUACACGGGUAUGCUCUGCUUUAGUGAGAUUGCUAGAAAGUAUAAAUGGGUGGAAAAUAGUGAUCGUAAGAAUUUGGACAACAUUAUUGUGCAAGUAUUUCCACACUUGUUAACCAUGGGUAGUUCCUUGAUCAAGAAUGAGAUCGAUGAAUUCUCAGCAGAGAUUCUUAAGUUGAUUUUGAAGGUUUACAAAUUUGUCACGUAUUAUGAUUUACCGGAACCAUUACAAAACAAAGAUCUGAUUUUUGCAUGGGGAGAAUUCCACGGUGCAGUUAUCAAUAUGCCACCGCCAGCAUACGUGCUUAAUUCAAACAUGUCCGAGCAAGAGAAAUCUAUGUUGCAAAUUUCCAAAUGUUAUAAAUGGGCCAUUUCCAAUUUGUACAGGUUAUUUACAAGAUAUGCCCUGAGAAAUUUGUCGAGAAAGUUCCACUAUAGUGAAUUUCAUGAAUUGUUCUUGAAUGAGUUCAUGCCCCAUUUCAUUGCCAAUUUCCUUUCGAUCAUUGAACAGUACUGUCAAGGGAAGAGAUGGUUAAGCACAACUUCUUUGUUCAAAUUAUUGGAAUUUUUAAGUCAUUGCGUGGUUGAAAAGUCCACGUGGAUAUUAAUUAAACCUUACUAUGAAACAUUGAUUUCUCAUUUGAUAUACCCAUUGUUAUGUCCUCUGGAUGAAAGUUUGGAAUUGUUUGAUGAAGACCCAGUGGAAUAUAUUCAUUUGUGUUUUGAUCCAAAUCAUGAAUACGAUUCACCUGAAAAAGCAGCAUUGGCAUUAUUAGCUACGUUCGUCUACAAACGUAAAAAGACCACCCUAGUUCCGAUAAUCACGUUUAUCCAUCAACAAUUAAAUAGUUUGAAAGACCAACCGGAAACUUUGGAAGUUGCCAAAAAGAAAGAAGGAGCAUUGAGAAUGUUAGGUUCAAUUUCAGGAGAUUUAGUCAGUCAUGGAGCGUCAGAAGUUGGAGAAUUUAGAGAUCAAAUGGAACCAUUCUUGGACAUGUUUGUUGUGCCAUGUCUCACUUCGAAAUAUGGUUUCUUACAAGCAAGAGCAUUGGAAGUGGUAUCAUUAUUUUCUGAUAUCGAGUUUAGCAAUGAAGCCACCCUUUCAGCAUUAUAUCAUGGAAUCAUUCGUAACUUUGAUGAAUCCAAACAACAUGAGAUUAGUUUACCCGUUGCAUUUGAAGCUGCCCUUGCGCUUCAAGCUUUCUUGAUUCGUAAUGAUUUUAAACAGGUUCUCGCGGGACUUAUUCUCCCAACUAUGUCCAAAUUACUCGAAUUGUCCAAUGAUAUUGACAGUGAUGCUAUCCUGAUGGUUAUGCAAGAAUGUGUGGAACAUUUCUCGGAACAGUUGCAACCAUUUGGUGUUGAUUUGAUGACGAAAUUGGUGACCCAAUUCAUGAGACUUGCCAUUGAAAUCAAUGAAGCUUCCAAUGUUGAAGUUGAUGAAAUUGACGAUGGAUUCGACGAUCAAGGAGAUAAAGUCAUGGCUGCGUUGGGAUUCUUGAAUACGAUGAUUACUGUUCUUUUGUCAUUUGAAAAUUCUCGUGAAGUUUGUAUCAAGUUGGAAGAAAUUUUCAGUCAAGUGAUCUCAUAUGUUUUAGUUCAUGAAUUGGACGAUUUCCUUGCUGAAAUUGGUGAAUUAAUGGAGAAUUCUACAUUCUUGACAAGAUCAAUUAGCCCUGUUAUGUGGCAACAAUUUAAAUUAUUGUAUUUAUCGUUUGAAAAGGGAGUUGCAUUAAUGUACGUCGAAGAAUUGAUUCAAUGUUUGCAAAACUUCUUGAUUUAUGGUCGGGAAGAGUUACAACGGAAUCAAGAAUUAUCAGGCAUGUUCUUUAAGAUAUUUGGAAUUAUUGUUGGAUGCGAAGAUACUGCUUAUAAUGAAUUGGUUAAUGGAUUUGAGUUAGCACAAACCUUUAUCUUGGUAUUGGAACAACAAUCGAAACCAUACAUUCCUGAAAUUAUCGAGCAAGUCUUAUCCAAAUAUGGCAACAAUGAUGAGGAAUCUACCGGGAAAUCCCUUGAAACCAAUUGCCACAAUGUUUUGAUUGCGUCAUUAGUGUAUGAUCCUAAUUCAACCAUGGUAUUAUUGCAACAACUGGGUAAAUUAUUUGUAUUUUUGAACAAAUGGUUUAGCAAUAUUCCUAAAUUAGCCCGAGUUUACGAUUUGAAAUUAACCAUAUUAGGAUUGUUAAGUCUUGGAGGAUUGGAAUCCGAUGAUUCUACCUUGGCAGAAGUUUCACGCAAUUUACUUUUAUCAUUAAAGAAAUUACCAGUUGCUCUCGAAAACUUGGAAGCUAAAAGAAGAAACUUCAAUGAAUUAUCACAAUCUCAAGUUGAUGAAGAAGACGUCAAUGAAAUAUUGAUCGGACAAGUAGAUGUUGGAACCGAAGCAGAUGACGAAGCUGAAGAAGAUGACACUGAUAAGUAUAUUAAAUUCUUGAAUAAUGAAGAUAUCAAAUUGAGUGGAUAUUUUGACGAAAAAGACGACGAAGAUUUAUACGAAGAUCCUUUGGCUUCUACUGCAUUAGACCAAAUGAAUGUCUACACGUUUGUUAAACAGUUUAUUGACAAUAUUAACGGUAGUGCACGUUUCAAUUUAAUGUUUGGUGAUUUAAAUGAUGAAGAUAAACAAGUGGUUAUUAAAAUUAUGGAAGGUGUGUAA